AUGUCUGGUCUGGAGGGUAUAGUGGCCCUGAGUCUGGCAAGCAACGUUUUGCAGCUCGUUGAGUUUGGGGCGAAGCUUUGCGCCCGUAUACGGGAGUACUCUAAGGCUACACGCGGUCUAGAUAGGCUCACACACCAGGCUGAUCGCCUUUCAGCGUUGCUUGAGGUUCUCAACGGAUUGGACGGAGGGUUGUUUGACGGCCAAUGUCUUCGGCGCUGUCAAGACAAAGCCGAGGAAAUAGAGGCUCUGCUAGACUCCAUCAGCGGUGUAGGUCAAGGUAAAUUGGAGACAGUUAGAAAAGCAUGGCGUUCACUCAGGCGCGAGGAGCAACUUCGCGAGCUCCAGGCAUCACUCGACAGCCUAAUUGGCGUGUUAAAUCUUCAGCUGCAAGCAGAAACACGGUGCGAAGCAACCAAAUUCCUGUUCAUUUACGUAUUCUUGGGACUGAGCCAAAACCAGAACAGCUUCACAACAUACAAACAACAACACGCAAGCGAUAUUGACCAAUCAAAGCGAACAAACAGCUCUCCUGGAAGACCUACACACGAUGACACGGCUGAAAAUGCAGAUUUUGUCGGAAGGGAGACGUUCAUUGCCGAGCUCGAGGGGAGAUUGGCACUCAGUGAGACAUCCCGUACUGCGGUCUUAUGUGGACUAGGAGGAGUCGGUAAAACGCAAAUCGCUCUGCAAUACGUCUGGGGCUACAAAGAGACCGAAGUCUCGAUCUUCUGGGUUCAUGCCGGCACCGAAUCUCGAUUUCUAGAAUCCUACAAACGCAUUGCUUCUGAAUGUAAAAUCCCACGAAGGAAUGAACCUGGUGUAGAUCUGUUGCAGCUUGUGUGCGAUUGGUUACAGUUUGACUACGAACGGCAAUGGCUCAUGGUUGUUGAUAACGUUGACAAUCGGUCGACAUUCUUUGAGCAUUUGACUUCUGCUGGUAAGAGUCUGCGUGAAUAUCUCCCUCAGACCUCCCAAGGCUCCUACCUUGUCACGACUAGAAGCAGAGACGUGGCCUUGGAUAUAUCUUUGCAUCAAGAUCCUAUCAUGAUUCCAUCAAUGGACGUCGAGGAGGCUCUUGCGAUGAUCAGUCCGAAAAUCAAGUCAACGAGCACCCGAGAAGAACAAUUGCAUAUGAUCUCAAGGCUAGCCUAUUUACCACUCGCCAUCGUCCAUGCCACGGCGUUCAUGAUCAGGAGACGGAAACGCAUUUCCGAAUACUUGACAUUGUACGAUGCUAGUGAGUCGAUGAAGAUCAAACUUCUUGGUCAAAGAUUCAGUCAUGGUAGAGAAGCACGGCAGCUCGAAUCUAUCGUGACUACCUGGUGGAUUUCGUUCAAUCAUAUCAAGUCGGAAAAUCCGAGAGCGGCUGAGCUACUCUCGCUUAUGGGCUUUCUAGAUCGGCAGAAAAUUCCGUAUUCUCUUUUAAUGUCUGAUGACGAGCAAAACUUUGAUUUCGAGGAAGCCCUUGCCCUACUCGACUCAUAUUCACUCGUAACGUUGAAUUCAGAUCUCCAGUCCUGCAAUGUCCACAGUCUUGUGUGUGUUGCAGUAAAUGCAUGGCUUUCUGAGUUUGAGAAUAAACAUGAGAUCUUUGUGCGAAAGGCUCUUUUCACCCUGCAGCAAAGAUUCCCACAAGGCUACUUUGAAACAUGGGGUGUAUGUGGCUCAUACCUUCCCCAUGUCGAGAAGGUCCUCAAUUUGAAGGUGGAGCACGACGACCAUGAGACGAGGUUUGCACGAGCAGAAUUGCUACUCAAUGUAUCAGCUUACUUGCGGAGGCAAGGCCAACCCCUUGCGUCAGAGCCCAAAGCCAAGGAGUGCAUGGAGCUGUUCAAGAUGAUCUCGGGCGAUAAUGACCGAUAUACCCUGGCGAGUAUAGGUAAUUUUGCCUUAACAAUCCAGAAGAAUGGUCGCUGGGAGGAGGCCUUAACUCUCGAAAGGCAAGCGCUGGAUGGCCGAAUCAAGGUUCUGGGAUAUAGCGACCGCGAAACUCUGGAGAGUUUGAACGCCGUAGGCUCAACUCUACAAAAUCUAGGACGUCACACAGAGGCGGCGUUUCUCCACAAUAGGGAGCUUUCGGAGAAACAAAAGCUAUUAGAUCAGGAUCCUGAAGAUGUCGAUCUUAUCAAAGACGUACUUAUAGCAAUUAACAAUGUUGCUCGCGUGCUACAUUCUCUAGAUCAAUUAGAGAAGGCGGAGACGAUGUAUCGGGAAUCCCUUGCAAGAUCAAUAGAUACUAUAGGCCUUAUCCACCCUGAUACUUUUAUUACCAGGGGUGAGCUAGCUGCAACGGUCCGGGAUGCCGGCAAGUUACGAGAAGCGGAAGAAAUGUACAAGGCGUUGUUGCAUGAUCGAAUGGAGCUUUUAGGCGAGGAUCAUCCAGACACACUCAUCACGCUAAGUAACCUUGGCCAUCUAUCUAACCUCAGGGGCGAUAGAGCAGAGUCGACUCGACUUUACAAGCGUUCAUAUGAGCUAGAGAGACGAGUGCAUGGUGAUCUACAUCCUUCUACUAUCAAUAGUAGGCACAAUCUUGCUUGCUCACUUUCAGAGGAUGAAAGACACCCAGAAGCUGAAGACGACUUCCGAGAGAUCUUGAAACUGCAAAAUACUAUUAUUGGGUCUUCCCAUCCCUCGACUCUUCAAACUCGUCGGAACAUUGCUACAACCCUCCGAAAGCAGAACAAAUACGAUGAAGCGUACCAAUUAGACGUGGAAACUCUCAUGAUAGCGACCGAACUUGGAGAAGAUGCGGGUAAGGAGAAAGCUGCGGUUUUCGCUAGUCUUGCAUAUGGGUUUGCGGACCAAAAGCAGUGGGCGGAGGCAGAGAGCUGGCGAAGGAAGGAGUUCGAAGUGCGGAAAGCAGAAUUUGGUCUAGAAAAUCGGGCAACAAUGGAGUGUCUUGGUUAUCUAGCUUACACCAUUUCCAGUCAGAGCAAAAAUGAUGAGGGCGCCCUCUUGUGGCAUCAAAUAUAUGACUAUAGACGCAAGACUCUCGGCAUUGGAGAUGAGUCUACCUUGUCGGCACUUUGGAACAUGGCGCUUUGUCACAGGGAUGCAAGAAAUCUCGAGGCUGCCGCUGAUUGGUUUCAGACGUUGACAAAUAUCAGGUAUGAGAAAGAUUCGGCCAAUCAGCAGAAUAUCUUAGAAAGCCUCGUCCAGCUUUCUUGGGUACAGCAGCAAUUACAGCGGUAUGUGGAAUCUGAACAAAACUACCGCAAGAGUGUAGAAAUGUACAGACAAUUGCACGGCGCAGAUGACAGUAUAACAUUGUUGGCGACGCACAACCUUGCUUCUGUGCUCAAAUAUCAGGACAACACGUCCGAAGAGGCUGAGAUCAUAGCUCGGAUAGCGUAUGAAGGGAGGAAGAAAGUCCUGGGUUUAGACGACCCGGCAACUCAAAACACCUUGCUACUCUUGACUAACCACUUGGUCGACAUGGGCAAGCUCGCAGAGGCUGAUCUUUUACAAAAGCAGACGAUCUCGCAAGAAUCGAAUGAAGAUGUCAACUGGAGGAGCUGA